GCCGGAUUUGUUGCGAGCGCGGUCACCGCAGUCGAGCCGCACGAUUGUCGAUUGUCGCCAUUGUACCGGGAGUCGCGCGCGGCGGUUGUCCGACUAGCACGCGAUAAUAUCGAUAAAACGCUAAUCGAAUUAAUCGAUCGGUAACCGUUUCGGAUUAUGCGACAUUAGCUGAAGUUAAUUUUUUUUAUUUAAUUAAAACAGUGUUUGGUUUUCGUGUAGUGCGGCGGACUGUUGGGUGUUUUAUCGGUGCGUAAAAGCGACAACGUGGAGCUGGACUUACAUCAGCGUGCCAGCGGGCACUUUAUGAGUGCCGCUGGUGCGAUGUGCGACCGAGCCAGCUUCGGCGGCUCAAUGGGCUUUCCUAUGAGCAUGUCCAUGGGAUCCAUCGGCUCCAUGCCCAUGAUUGGGCAAAAGAAGUCUCCAGAGGAACACAUCAAGCGACCCAUGAAUGCGUUCAUGGUGUGGAGCAGGCUGCAGCGGCGGAAGAUCGCCCAGGACAACCCUAAGAUGCACAAUUCUGAGAUCUCUAAGAGAUUAGGGGCUGAAUGGAAGCUUCUCUCCGAAGACGCGAAGCGGCCGUUCAUCGACGAAGCGAAGCGUCUCCGAGCCAUGCAUAUGAAGGAACAUCCCGACUACAAGUACAGGCCACGACGGAAACCUAAGACGUUAAGGAAGGAGGGAUAUCCGUACUCCAUACCGUAUCCCAGCGUGCCCAUGGAUGCGUUGAGAGCUGGCAUGGGAGGCGGCAUGGGCCAGAUGGGGGGCUACUACGGCGCGGCGUACGGCCCACUGGGCGCCAGCAUGGCGGCGGCGGCGGCAGCAGCCGCGCAGCAAAACGCCAUUUCUGCUGCGCUAACGCCUAACGCACAGGUGGGUUCCACAAUGGACAUGUCCAAGUACUCCAUCGAGGCCGAGAAAUACCGGAGCUACGGCAUGUACCCCGACCCUUCAAGGGGCUACCUCGACUCCGCCGCGCUCUCCAAGGCCUACAUGUACAUGGACCAGCAGCAGCAACGGUCUUACCCCAUGGACAUCAGUAAGAUGUACUCCGAAGCAUCCGCGGCGGCCAUGGCUGGAUUAAACUCAGUUGCCCCAGCACCGUCGAGCUUAUCCCCACGUUCCCCAGCAGAAUCUCCCGACACAGCCGUCAAGGGGCAUGAUCGUACUGAAGGCAGCUCAUCCUCAGGAUCAAAUCCAUCCCCGUCACUCCCAUAUUACCAAGGAUCCCCAGGAAUCCUCAUGCCACAAUAUCCAGCUCAAUAUACCCAGGCUAGCCAAGGUGGCGAGUUCCGACGGCCGCUAACAGUUAUAUUUUGACCUGACACGUAAGCGCGUUCGUUAAAAGUUGCGCGAGCGGUUUAUUUAUUGUGCUCGUUUUUGUUUAAGUUUGGGAGUUUUGCAGUUUUGUGUUGGUUCCACUGCGGGUAAAGCGGACUGUAUUUUUUUAACAUUUGUGUCGUUUACAACUAGGUGUAAGCACCAUGCAAUAUAGACAACGGGUACAUACUUACCCAGUAAUUUAGAAAGGUCAUUAUCUUAACAGAAAUAUGUCCGUAUUAGCCCCGUGUUAUUAGCCCAGUCGCGCAUUCUUUUGUUUCCUAUUUUUCACGAUUUCGUGUUUUCCAAAGUUCCUCUUUUCGUUUCCUCUUGUAGGAUUAGAAAUUAUAUUGUGACUUAGAUUCUUGUAUAUUGUAAAUAUUGAAGUUCCUAGUGCGUAAGUAAAUGUAAAGUAUUGGUAGAUAUUUAUAGUCCAAUACAAAUGUAAGUUUCAAGCCUCAUGGCUUUCAUAUUUGUCGUACGAAGUUUUAUGAUCAAAGUUCAAUCGAAACCGGUAUAUUUUGGUUGGUGUGAUUGGUAAGAUAUUAUCAACAAUAAUUUAAAUAAGAUUAGGUGGAGAUAAAUAGGGGAAAGUUCAAAUGAGGACAGUACAUUCUUACCCGCAUUUACUUUGUUAACCUACGUCAUAUUUUUUUGACACACUCACAGGCUCACAUGAUUUUUAUUAUGUACGCUGCCGCUGCCAAUGUAUAGAUGUAUUUUGUAUCUCAAUUAUUAUUGAUGAUAAUUACCAUUACAUACUUUAGUACGUACUUAUGUACAAGUGUAUAUGUAUCUUCACCGAUUUUACAGUUCUUUUUUUAAUAUAAAAGCUACAAAUUAAUAAAAAAUACUCUAAACAAUAUGUCCAAUUUCACUCACAACGAUUCUAUGUGUUAACUCAAUGUAAAUAAAAUAUUUGGAUAUAUUAAUUUGUAUAUAAUAAAGGAUUAAGCUAACUUAAAUUAAUAGUUUCGUCAUUAGAUCUAGAUAAGAUUAAGGCCUUAGAAGCAAUUGUUUUCGUUCAUCUGCGGUUAAAGAGACGCUCGCCCAAACGCAGCGGUUUUAGUGUCAGUGGCCAUGCCCUAAUCAUGCAUUUAUAUGUUGCCAUACCUUUUAUAUCUCAAUCAUAAUUUAUUUCUGAAUAAUAAUACUAGAAGUACAAAUGUUUGUUUUUUCUUCGGAGAACGGUCUUUUUGUUUUUAUUUUAUUUAAGCCAUUUAAGGUAAGGGUAACUUACCUUAUUUUUUUUUGUUAAAGUUACAACAAACGCAUUGUGAUGAUUUUGGUACUGUUUUUAACUUUCCAUCGUUAAAUACAAAUCAUUGCUUUGUGUUUAAGAUAAAUUAAUGAUUUAAUUUGUGUUUUGUUUUGUUUUACUAUUCAAUCAUUUUGUUCUGUUAAUAAUUAUCAAUUACAUAUCCAUAUGCACUGAUUGAAAUAAAAAGAAAACAAUUCAUUUAUAAAAUUAUGUAUUUUAUUUAUUUGCUCAAUUAUUUCGAUGUAAAACACUUUCAAAUCUAGGCUGAUUUUGCAAAGGCAAUUAUUGUAUAUUAAAGUCGAAUGUAUAGAUGAGACUAUUUACUAGAACUUGAUUAAAAAUUAUAAUAAAUACGUAAAUAAAAUAAUAUUGAAAAAUCGA